CUCGCCGUAGUUCCAUGCGCGUUUACAGGACGAACGAAGGAGGUACGACCCGCAGAUAUGAUGGAGAGCCUUAAGACACGAUUUGAUUUCCCCAGCCCCGUCAUACAAGCCCAGACAGUGAGAAAUCUUGUUGCUGCCGUGUUGAAGGAAAAGGGGUCAAAUGGGCAAAUCACCCUCUCCUCCACUGAGGGCCCAGCCUUGGAGGCUCUGUGGCAGCAGUGCUGCAGUGACUGUGCAAUGGUGCGUUCUGCCUGCUGUGAUGCUGUGGUUCUGUUAGUGGAUCAGGGCCACGCAGACCUGCACUACAUCCUUAACAGUGUCCUCAACCUCCUGCCUUCUGCCAGAAAUGUCCAGGGGCUGAUUAAAAUCAUUGGAUGGCUGCUACAGAUGCAAGCUGACCGGGGGGCCCGAGAAAUACACUUCACCUGUCCUUAUUCCAUCAGGAGCAGUCCACACCCAUACAUCACAGCCCUGGAGAAUCGAGCAGACUGCUGGCCAGCUCUGCUUUUGGAGAUUGAUGACUUAAUUUGGCAGGCUGCUGACAGAAAUAAAGCAGCUUACAUCACCAUGCUGGCCCCCUUCCUGCGGUACCUGUACUGUGAACCUCAGAGGCAGUCCCAACAUGCCCUCCUCCGACACAGCCUCCUCAGGGUGCUGCUGCCUAUACAGCCAGGAGCUGUGUCACCCUUCCAGAACAAGAAGAAGACCUCAGCCGUGUCUGACAGCCUGCUGCUCUGCCUCUGUCAGUUGGUUCCACACAUGCAGGUUGACAGCAUGGAGGCAGUGCUAGAACUGUGUGGAUUCAUGGACGCUCUGCUUCAAGGUCUCAUCAGGGCUUCCGGAGAUUGCUGGAAAACCGAGAGAGCUGGGAUGCUUCUACAGCUGCUGUGUGCCUGUCAACGAUGCCUGAAGUUGAAUGGAGACUGCCGACCGCUCCUCAACUUAAUACAGCAGCUUCUGUCGUCCUGCCAACAGGAGCUGCCAUUGGAUGAGCUGAUGAUGGCUGUGGCCCUGCUCCUGCUAGAGGCUCCUGCAGCUCAGCAAACCAGCCUGCUCAGUCUUGCACUGAGUUUAGCCCCUGAACAGGCCAAGCUGCCGCCCUGGUUGAGUCCAGUCCUGGUCCUUCCUGUGCUGCAGCUCCUCUCCUGUUCGAGCUUCACUGAACCGCUGGCUGACCAGAGGACACACAACCUCAACCACAGUCUGGCCAACAACCUGCUAAGCAGCAUCAGCAGACCCACGGAUAAGCCACGACAGCCUGGCCCUCCACUGGCACUUCCUCUCAGUCCGUGGUACAGCGAGCUCAGCGUGGCUUUGUCCAUCCUGCACAAAGUGGCCAGCAAUCCAGCAGCAGCAGCUGAUUGGCUGUUGGCGGUCAGCUCGGCCCUGUCAUCCAGCCAGCGCCUGCCCUCCUCCCUCCUCCUCAUUGUGACCCAUCUAAUCAUCACUGGUCAGGAAGACGUUUGCCAGCUGGCUUUGAAAGCAAGCCAGGCCAUCGCUGGUGCCGACCCCUGCCAGGUUCCUUCCCUCAUUCCGGUUCUGUUGUUCAGACUGGCCAAAGAAAAGAAUCCAGGCCUAGCUCAUGCUGUGCUCAACUGCCUGCCGAACCUCGGGACUCAUAAGCUCUGUGUCCCUAUGGUGCUGCAGACUCUGCACAUGCUGGCCAGCGCCCCCAAGCUGAGAGGGGUGGCACUGCGCCUCGUGACUGCUCUCUGGAAGAAACAGGACCGAGUCUACCCGGAGCUGCAGCGUGUCCUAGACCAGCAGGACAGCAGGGUGGUGGUGGGGAAGGACACCCAGUGGGAGCAGAUCCUAGCCAGGGCCGCCUGCCUCAGAGACAUCUGCAGAGAGAGGCCUUACCAGCAUGGAGGUGACAUGUUGGCUGCCAUUACACUCACUCUAAAGCAGUGUAACAGACCAGACUUGGCAACUCCUGCUGCUCUCGCCCUGCAAGGACUACAAGAGCUGUGUCGAGCAGAGGUUGUGGACAUUAUCUCCACAUGGAGAAGUCUCGGGCCUGAGCUGAGUUGCGACACCCGUCCACUGAUGGUGAAAGCCGUAGCUGAGCUUCUGGCUCUGGUUCCCCAGCUCUCUGUCAAUUCAGAGGAGUAUGAGAAAUUGACAGAGGAGGUAGUCAGCUUGCUCUGGAGUUAUGCCAUGAACAAGGAUCCAGAGGUGGCCAGCUGUGGCUACAAGGCUUUGGCAGACUUCCCUGAAGCGGUUCACACUAUAAAUCUCCUUCCUGAGGCUGCCAGACCAGCUACAAAGAUCCCUGAAAAUGAGGAGGAUGAUGAACAGAGUAAGGAGAAAGAGGAAGAGGAGACAGAUCUCUCCAUCCCAGGCUCGUCUUAUGUAAAGCUGAUAGCUCUAACCUCCCCAUCUGCUCUACAAGCCUUGGAGCUCUUCCUGACAUCACUGGUGAAGCAGGAGAUGAAACAGAUGCCGCGCGGAGUAUAUUUCUCUGCCCUGAGAGGAGGUGGCCUGCGUUCAGACCAUGGAAAAACGGUGGCAGGAGUCCCAUCGUUCAUGCUCAAGACCUACGAGAAGAACAAGCAGCCUGGGUUGAAGCCUGGACUAGCAGCUGGACUUCUGCUCUGUUACGAACUGCCUGUGCAGACGGACCGCGAAGGCAGACCGAUCGAUCGCUUCCUCGUCAGUCGUAGCCGCAGCUACCAGCAGACCCUUACAGCCCUCAUUCAUGAAGUGAACAUUCAGCCCUCAGAGUGGCAUCGUGCUCUCCUCCUGCCCCAUGCCUGGCGGGGUUUCAUGAGUCGAGCUUUCCACGCUGUCCUCCAGGGUCGACGGGCUGAUUUGGAAAUGCAACAGAAACAUGGCAAAGAGAACCCACAGGAGCUACAGUGCUGUGUCUGGCUGUGGGCCAGAGAUCAACUGGUAGAUGUCAUUAAAGCUGCUACUAAGGACAGUCCUGUUGUUCAGGGGAACUCCAUCCUGGCUCUGAGUGGCCUUGCUGCUGUUCUUGCCAAGUAUGAGAGCAACCUGCCUGCUGAUAGUAAAGGCAGCCUCGGGGCUGGACCAGAGUUUGUGCCCACUGCCAGCUGGUUGGCAAUGGUCCUCGACACCCUGCUCAGCAUCAUCAGCAGCAGCUACAAGGCCAACGGACAAGUUUUGCCAUGGUUCCUGCAUCGCUCCUACUCGGGUGAGAACACAGCAAGUGCUAUAGCUCGCUCCUGUGCCAGCCUGGCCUUGUCCCUGCUGGUGCCAGUGCUAGUGGCGUGGCAGAGGGAUGGUCUCGUCGAAGUCCUGUCAGCGCUGCAGGCCGGCCUGCCGGGCUCCCCCUCUGCAGAUGACUCCCAAGCUGUCCAGUUCCACUCUGGCCUUGCACUCGGCAUGGUGCUGUCCAGCCUGCACCACCAACGCCUUAGUGACGUCUCUACUCAGACGGACAACGAUCUCCUCCUCAGCUCUCUGGACACUCUGGAAAGUUGCUCCUUUAACCCCAACUUGGAAUACAAUACUGGCUGUAUGUUGGGUCUGGGUCUGGUGCUCGCAGCCCUCUGCAGUAGUGGACAGAUGGAUCAACACGUCCACGUCAGCCAAACCCUUGACAAACUACUGGUCAACCUGCAGGACAGCAGUGGGUACGGACGCAUGCUGCAGGAGGUUCUGGCAUACUCUGUGGCAUGUGUGGGCGUCUCGGCUUUCAGUGGAGGUCUUAUUGAUGCUGCCAAGGCUGAGGAAGUGAUGAACAUUUUGCGCAGCCUGACAGAGGAGAGCCAACAGACCCCAGGCUUCUCCCUGGCUCUCGGGUUGCUAGUUCACGGCUUGGCAAUGUCCGGCCACGGUAAAGCAGGAGACAUCCACCCUCGACUGCUGGCAGCUUGGAUCAAGAUCUUACUGGCUGAGGGUUGUCCUACUAUGCAGCGGCUGGCUGCUGUCAAUGGUUUGGUGGCUUUAGUGGGCUCAGAGAGUUACCUCUUCCAGCUAAAGACUGAGUUGGAGCUUCCCUCCCAGCAGCAGAGCAGACUGAAUGAGGUUAUUCGUGCCAUCACACAGAUCAUAACAUUCUCAGGAACCAUUGGUUUGCAGUCCAACAGUGCCUGUUUAGUGGGCCAUUUGCAUUUGGCCCACAUGUCCACCAGUCACAGUCACACAGCAGUCCCUCAGGAUUUUAGUUACCUCUCAGAGAAAAGUUUUAUCAGAUCCAUCACUGACUUCAUCAUAGAGGCCGGACAAAAAGGUUCAGAGUUCUCCCAUCCAGCUCUGGUUAAGACUGCUCUGACUCCUUUGGCAUCAGUUGGAGCCAGUUUCCAGUAUCCACCGAUCAACUGGAGCGCCGUCCUGUCUCCUCUGAUGAGACUGAGCUUCGGAGAGGAUGUGCAGCAUCAGUGUGUGGUGCUGGCAGUAUCUCAAGCUCAGUCUUCCCAGAGUGCUUCUGUCUUUCUGGGUUCCUGGCUGUCACCACCCCUUGUGCACACCCUCAGUUACCAGACUCGGGCACACCUCUAUGAGACCCUGGGCUUAUGGAUGAAGCACGUGGCUGAAGACAAGCUCCGGGUCUAUGUGGAUAGUCUGGGCCUGCAGCAGUUCCAAGAGGACCUCCGACGCCAGCGUCUGUCCCUGUGCCGGUCUCUGCUGCAGGGUCUCACUCAGGCCAUGGCUCUCCCAAAUCCCCCCAACAACUGCUGGAGCAUUCUCUGCUCUACCUCUGAGAAGAUCUUCACCCUCCUGCCCAACCAAAUCCAGGACAAUGAGGUGGAUUUAUACGUGGGCAUCACCAAGUGCCUGUCUGAGAUGUCUGACACAGAGAUCGACAGGAUCACUCGAGUCUCAGCAGCUCAGAUGGAAAAGACCUGCUUUGUCCUGGCUUACCUGACCUCUAGGGGCAGAGUUCCACUCCUGUGUCUCAAUGAUGUCAUCAGCGGGGUGCUCCAUGGUUGGCCGAGCCACAGAGUGGGCUGGCUCCUCCUACAGACGUUUUACCAGUGUCGUCUGGCUGCCAGCUCCAACACAGGCGUGUCCAAACGAAUGGAGUGGCUCCUGGAGCUGAUGGGACACAUCCGAAAUAUGGCCUAUGGUGCAACCGCAGUGGCAUGUGGAGACGCUAAACUGAGUUACUUGCAUGCACGUCAUGAUGCUGCAGUGGAGCUUUUGCUGAUGGAUGGUCGAGUCAGCCUGUUGAUGCUGGUCGGAACAGUGGUGGACCAAGUGAAGCCUCCAAGUCAGUGUUGAAAAACUUAAGUAUAACUCCUGAAAGAUCCUUAGAAAACACUUAAAAGUAGAAGGAUGUGUUGGAAGGAUGACUGUGGGGACGGAGCAGUCAAAGUGGUGCUUUCAGACAGUCUGACAGACAGUAACAAUAAACAAAGAUAGCAGAAUUGGGGAUAACUGUGGGAAAUGGAAUGAAGGGGGUAACACGUGACACUAGUACCAAAAGGUGUGCUAUUUUCUUCAUCACCACUAUAUGGUCCUUAUCGGAUUCUAGUGGAGGUAGGAGACAUCCUGUUGUCUCCAAGAGAGCUGUGAGUGGUCCUUUAGUAGUAAACAAGUGAUCGGCAGGUGUUCCAUUUGAAUGUGAGUUUUGGGUUAGCUGUCUUCUCAAAUGGUGUUUUAUCAAAUUUACAGCUUUGGAAAAGGGUCUCUGGAUAAUCUCUGUGUUGCUCUGGAGUGUUCUGAUCCUCAGUCUGCUACAUCUAUGUAGACAGUCACUCCUGACUCCUGUAGGAUAUCCAUUACUGCAGAUUGAAACACAUUUGGAGAAUUCUUAAAUCCUUGGGGCCAUUGAUUCCACACUGUUAAAGAAAUUUCACUCUUACUCCUUCAAAAUUUGCUGUAGUGGGGUGUUUGUUGGUAUUCCAGCAUACGGUGGGCUUACCAACACAGAGCAUGAGUCUGUGAAGGUAAGCUGACCCAGAACAUUUGCAGAGUACACAAUUUAUAGUGAUGGUCAGAGGGUAGGGAGGGGACCGUAUCUAAAUACCAAGGGUGAAUAGUGGUUAAUUUGCAUAUGGUUGCUAGUCAGUAACAGAGGGUAAGACAACAAAGAACAAAAGGUAGUUGAAUCAAGAGGUCUUGCAGACAGAUGCAAAUAGCAAAGGUGCAACAACAAAAGGUAAGAGGGGGAUCAGACAGAGUAGCAAAUAACAAAAGAUAAAAGAAUUGUGGGUAACCGUGAAAAAUGGAAUGAAGGGGUGACACGUGAUACUAGAAGGUAUCUGUAUCAAAAGGUGUGCUAUUUUCUUCAUAGACUUAAGCUUUAUAGAUGAAGGCCGUCUUGCCUUGGCAUGCCUUAGUCAACCUCAGGGAAAAUAAACCAUUUUUCAGGUAAAUACAUGCUUUGUACUUUUUGAUUUGCAAUGUCUUCAGCAUGCCUUGAAGAUUGAUCAAACUAGUCAUAUUUGCUACCAUCUGGCGGUUAAGGGCCUUGAAGUUGAUUACGGGUCUUUAACCUCCUCCUGCCGACUCACGCUUCUUCACUGCCUGUAUUGGACUGUUGGUAAUUGGAUUAGAUUCCUCCCAAAUAAUUCCCAAGGUAAUCAGUUCCCUGACUAUCAUAUCCAUUUGUUCGACUGCUCCAGGGUUUAGUGGAUACUGGCGCACUGCUGGAUAGACCUGUCCAACUAUGUUAUGUGUAUACUUCUCACCCAGUUUUCCACAGUCAUUUUUAAAUCUGGUCACAUUCACUCUCAAGAUGAUCUCCCUUCCCUCUUGUCUUCCAACCAGCAAGAAGUCACUUUCCUGUAUCUUUUAUGCAGGGACUUCUGAAAUAUCCACCAAUUUGUACCAUUCCCUCGGCUGCAGUUACUCUUGGCGAGGUGUGAAAUGGACCAGACAUUCAUAUAGUCUUUCCAGCCUUAGUUUGACUGGCACUCUGUCUCUUCUGUUUCUAUACAGUUCCUUUAAGUCUGUUGUAGUCACCAGGUUGUAUGGUCUCAAUAACCACACAAUAACUUUCCAAAUGGCAAAGGGGAAUUUUUUGACGGUCUCAUCUGGCAGUUGAACAUAGAGGCGUCCUUCUUCAAUGAGGCUCCUGCGAAUCAUCGACAUCUCAGCCCCAGGCAUCUUUGUCUACCCACCAUUGUGAUCUUUACAAGCUGGUGGGUGGCCUUCCCUUUACACCAGGCAACUCCAACACUGGCUUUUACUCAUCUACAAGACCCUAUCAAGGAAGACACAAUACCUCUCCAACCUCCUACACCCCUCCAAUAACAACUACCAUCUGAGGUCCAGUGAUUUCACAACACUCUCUAUACCCAAGGUUCGGACCAUUUUUGGCUGGAAUUCCUUUCGCUUUAGUGCAGCAAUUGAUUGGACUUCCCUCCAAAAAUCUCUGAAACUGUUAUCGCUUCCAUCACCUUUACAUGUUUAAGCAGAAGCUGCAGCAGACCCUAGCUAACCACUGCACAUGCUGACUGUUUUCACUGAAUUGCUAGCAUUAAUUUAGGGUCUUUUUAAUCUUUGUUUAAACACGUGUGUCCUUUUUUGUAUAUGUAUUGUUUAUUUGUUAUCUUUCUUCCUGCUGGGGCCUCUUCCCAGGUCAUCAUUGUAAAUGACAAAUUGUUCUCAACUGAUCUUACGUGGUAAAAUAAAGAAUUAAUAAACUGGAAAAACUGGGAUGUUCUAAAAUUUUUAGCUAGUAGUGUAUUUCCCUUCCUCUCGACGCUGGUCUUUACACUUGGUAUAGGUGGGGUGGGUGGUUUAUUCUGUGGUCCCCUUGCUGUGUGGCUAGUGUCGAUUGAACAAGUGCUCCAGAAACCAUCCUUUUUUUUGUGGUUGUUGGGUCUCGUAGGGCACCUUGUUCUUAGGAGGCUGCUGGCACUCCUCCUUUCUUCAUUCUUUGUAAUAGUUCCUCUUCAAAUCACAUUUUUGCAUGGUUGCGUCUAUUUGGGGCAGACUUGUAUCUGCUGGAAAUGACACAAAGUCUACCUCAUCUCUUUGGCCCUUGGUAGUUAUCCUUAAAGCUUUGACAUAACGGUUUGGUGAGACUAUCACUUUCACUUCAUACCAUAUCUGAGUGAAGGUCUGUCUCUUAUCCUGCCUGGUACGUGCUCUGUUGAACCAACCCUUCUCAUCCUCGGCAUGGUUGAGCACCAGCUGAUUAUAGUGCUCUUCUGCCGACUCCCCUUGCCCAACAGCAUGGCCUAGCCACUGCCUUUUCACUUCUUCAUUGGUGGUUACACCUUUUACUAACGAUCAGUUUUCCCUCAGACACUCAAUCACGUGUUUUCCUGGAGGUUGUUGCGGCAUAAGUGCCUUGACUCCGUAAAGUCCUGGCAAGGGACAGUAGAAUCAUUCCGCCUACUGUGGCCCCAACCAGGGCUCCUUGAGUAAACUGAUCCCUCUGCUGGGCUACUGUUGUUCUUCAUCGUCUUCUUUAUCCUCCGAGAUGUCUUCAUUUCUGGCUUUUUUCAUCUCCUGUGUAUACUUAUACAGUGGUGGAAAAAGUUUUCAGACAGCCCAUGCAUUGGUGAAAUUUUGCAUUAAGAAUCACUCUUACAUCUUCAACUGAAAUUUCUGUUAGUACAGUGACAGCCAAAAUACUAAACAAAUCCUAAAAAAGCCAUUAAAAACCUAGAAUUGAUGAGUUCCAUAAAAAUACAUGACAAAUUUUGAAUAUUUUGUCAUUUUGGUACCAGUGAUCCACUAAUGAAGGUCGGCUUUUUAUUAAGACACAAUUUUUGUUGCCAUGCUUCGUGUCUAUAAAAAAGCCAGCACAUUUGAAAGUUCUUCAGAGAUAGAAAUGGCUAAGACAAGGAACCUAAUGCAUGAAACACCCCUGAAAAUAGAGAUUCUCAACCAGGAAGGGUACAGCUGCAACCAGAUAGCCAGAAAGUGUCGAUGCAAUCCUUCAGCAGUUGGAUACACUCUGCAGAAAUACAGAGGAAUCUACAGCAAUAGAAGACAAACCGAGAUCUGGGCGUCCCAAGGGUUUCUUCAACAUGAAAUGGCCACAUCCUGAUCCGCAUAUGCAGGGAAAACAGCUGAAUGACAUCAAAGGAGAUUCAGCAGCAGUGGUAAAACCAAACUGGUGUCCAGUCUUCCACCCACGCUGUAUGUGGCCGACUUUUAGAUCAGAUUUUUAGAUAGUCUUACAAAGCUGUCAAGAAGCCCCUGAUCAAUGAGAGACAGAGGCUAGCCCGGAUGGGCCCACGCACACAAGAAUUAGAAGACGAUGUUGUGGUCAGAUGAGCCCAGUUUCCAGCUUUAGCUUCCUCCUGCCAGUGUGAGGGUACGCAGAAGGCCAAGCAAGGUGUUAUCUCCAGUAUGUACAGUACCUACUGUCAAGCAUGGUGGAGGCAGUAUCAUGGUUUGGGGAUGUAUGAGUGCUGCUGGUGUUAGUCAUCUCUCUGUCUGUGAUGGCACAUUGAACUUAGCUGGUGUUGCUUUCAAUUGUUUCUGUGCAACAGAUUUCAGUAUAAUAUCUCUUUGUAUUAUCUUUGAUUUGUACUUAUACUAAGAUGGACUUGAUCUGUGUGUGUCAAAGUAUAAUCCAGGGUGUACUUUGGCCUGGAGGUGCAUAAACUGGCCUAGACGCAAGUAUACCUCGGGGUAUAAACUGGCUUAGGCCAGGAUAUAUCCCAGCGUAUAUUUGGGCCUAGGCCAAUUUGUACCUGGAUAUACUUUGGCCGGGGGGUUAAUCUGGCCUGUUCCACUUGUUCUAUUCUUAAGCCCCAUUGCACUUUUCUAUGCGCCUUGCAUUCCAGUGACUUUUCUCUACACACGUGGACAAAGUUGUUGGUACUCCUCGGUUAAUAAAAGAAAAA